AUGGCUACCAAAUCUAGUCUAAGAUCAAAGUGGGACGAGUUUGUGGACUCUUCUACAGCUACUGCUGUUGAACUUUCUGGUACAAACCAAAUGUCAACUGGGGUUCGAAAUGUUGUCGGUUGGCUUAAACAGGCAUCAUUAGAAGUACAGCACGCUAGUUUACGAACUCUAAGUACGAUGACUGAUCAUAUAUCUGGUGCAACUCCACCUCUAAUAAUUCUUCACUUCAAUGAUGUCUACAAUGUUGAACCAAGAGAUCAAGAACCAUGCGGAGGUGCUUCCAGGUUUUCAACAAUGAUCAAAUCAUUUGCUCAUCAACAACCUAUGAUAUUAUUCAGCGGAGAUGUGUUUUCUCCCAGCAUAUUAAGCACAUUUACUAAAGGUGAACAAAUGUCAAAGGUGUUAAAUGAACUUGGUACACAAUGUGCUGUUUUUGGUAAUCACGAAUUUGACUUUGGCCUUGAAGUAUUAUCUGAACGUGUUUCUGAAACUAAAUUUCCAUGGCUGAUGUCCAAUGUUGUUGAUAACGAGACUGGUAGACCUUUAGGAGAUGGUAAAAUCACACAUCUUUUAGAUUGGCAUAAUAAGCGGAUAGGACUAGUAGGCUUAGUCGAACGUGAGUGGUUAGACACUUUAGCUACUAUCGACCCAGAAGAAGUAACAUUCAUAGACUUUGUGCAAGCUGGCCGGUCUUUAGGAAAACAACUUAAAGAAGAUGGCUGUGAUUAUGUUAUUGCUCUUACACAUAUGCGCAUGCCAAAUGAUAUUAAAUUAGCCGAAAAUGUAGAUGAAAUUGAUUUAAUUCUUGGUGGUCAUGAUCACAAUUAUGAUAUACGAGAAAUCAAUGGCAGACAUAUCAUCAAAAGUGGAACUGACUUUAGAGAAUUUUCUAAAAUCACUAUCAACCUUGAUGAGCCUAAUAAUUCAAUUGAGGUGAAAAGAAUAGAAAUCACUAAAGAUAUUGAAGAAGACGUUGCCAUGAAAGAAAUUUUGGAUUCUUACUUAGGAACAAUAGAAGGAAAAAUGAGUGAAAUAUUAGGUACAUUUACUGUUGAAUUGGAUGGCCGUUUUAGUCAAAUUAGAACUGGAGAAACAAACCUUGGAAAUUGGGUGUGUGAUGUUUUAUUAGCAGCUACAGGAGCAGACUUGGUAAUUUUGAAUUCAGGAACUUUUAGAUCAGAUCGUAUUCAUCCUCCUGGAGAUUUCACUUUGGGUGAUCUAGUUAAUGUUGUACCAAUGCAAGAUCCUACUAUUGUCAUAUUGGUAACAGGACAACAAAUUUUGGAAGCAUUGGAAAAUAGUGUUUGUAAAUAUCCUAAAACGGAAGGACGAUUCCCUCAAGUGUCUGGAAUUAGUUUUGGUUUCUAUCCAGAAGCAGAACCUGGCGAAAGAAUUGAACCUGAUUUAGUUAGAAUAGGAGACGAGUAUCUUGUUCCUGAUCAGUCUUACAAGUUAGCUACCAAAUGUUAUUUACAUAAUGGUUGUGAUGGGUAUACAAUGUUAAAGAACUCUCCCAUUAUUGUAAAUGAUGAAGAAUGUCCUGAACUAGGAUUAGCUAUCCAAAAUCAUUUUUCUGCUAUACAAAUGCGGCAAGGUAAAUCACGCCGAUUAUCCAAACACAGGCAAAGCUUAGUCACACUUUCUCGAAGACAUAGUUUGGUGAAGUCAAUGGAAGGAAAUGAAUGGGAAGGUGGUCCGUCGCCACUUAGAAGAGGUUCCCUAACAUCGCCAAGCUUAUCCAUCCAUCAUCAUGGUUAUUCACAUUCUCCAUCACCACCAUCUACUCAUCAUUUUCACCAUCAUCAUCACAAAAUAAAUAGACGUGCUAGCUUUGAUGAUCUAGAACAGCAAACUUGUCAACUAUCACCUAAAGUUCAAAAUAGAAUUGUUAAACUUACUCCACAGCUUAGGCAAGAGAUGUUAAUUGAUCGGCAACGUUUGGAAGAUGAAUCUGUUAUACAGGAGGUUGACGAAUUAAACAAUUCUCCUCAAGGUAGUUUUGACCACUCAUAA